AACUGGUUCAGAAAAUGAAUGAAUGAAUGAACAACAACACGUCUUCUUUGAUUAUUUUUUUCUAUUUGAUAUGUGUUUUAUAUAAAUGACAUUAAGUACAAUGGUUGUUUCUAACGGUUUCUUUUUCUCUCUUUCAGGGUUAAAUUUCACGGCCGAACACAAACUCGUUCUGUUCGCCGUCACUUCUCUGUAUUACGUAAUCAUCUGGUUUGUAAACGUGGCUCUCAUUUUAACCAUCGUAACAGACCGAACUCUUCACGACCCCAUGUACGUAUUCCUGUGCAGUAUGUGCGUGAGCGGACUCUACGGGACUUCAGGCUUUUACCCCAAAUUUCUCAAAGACCUGCUGUCGCCCGCUCACGUGGCCUCGUACACGGAGUGUUUUCUGCAGAGUUUUGUGAUUUACUCCUCUUACUCGUGUGACCUUUCGACCCUAACCCUCAUGGCCUUUGACAGAUAUGUUGCGAUUUGUCUCCCGCUGAGGUACCACUCUGUGAUGACUAAACAAAGAGUCGCUCUCUUCGUGGUCUUCUCGUGGCUGUUACCACUUUUCUGCAUGUUUGUUAACACAAUGACUGUUCUUCAAUCUGACUUAUGCGGCUCAAACAUCCCUAAACUCUACUGUUCUAAUUAUUUUAUCAAUAAACUGGCCUGCACACCGUCUGUCGCCAACACAGGUGUUGUUUAUUUCAACAUCAUCUUUUACAUUCUUCAUUUUGUCUUUAUUCUUUGUUCUUACAUCCCUCUGCUGAGAACGUGCCAAAGGUCAAAUGAGGGCUGGAAUAAAUUUGUACAAACUUGCGUCCCACAUUUGAUUGCUCUGCUUAAUUUUGGUGUGGCUGUGCUCUUUGAUUUGAUGUACAUGCGGUUUGGUUCACUUAGUUUAACUCAAAACCUGCAGAACUUCAUGUCAAUAGAAGUGUUUCUUAUUCCUCCGAUUAUGAAUCCUCUGAUAUACGGCUUAAAACUCAGCAAACUUCGGAAUAAAGUUCAUGAAUUUAUUCAUAAAAACUAACACCAAUGAUCAUGAU